AUGCGCCCCUCCAUCUUCAAGACCUGCCCUGGAUCUCUCCCCUCUCUCUUUCGCCAAACCGCUACGCAGCCACGGAGGAGUAAAGCCAGCUGGAGCGGUCGCAAAGGCGUCACCUCAUCAAUUGAUACUUCCCUGCGGCAAAUACCUUCAUAUCCAAACUCAAUCCCAUCUCGCGCCUUCGAGAUAUACAAUAUGGACAUGCCUAACAUACAAUGGUGGGCCAAGCCCGCACCGAACAGUGCGGCAUCUCCCAACCAAACUGGAGGCUUCGCGAUCCCAGGCCUUGGGAACAGCACAAACAAUGGCCCCUUCCCGUUUCCUACGCCCCAACCUCCGUCUGCUCCGCAGGUAACUUCAGCCAGACAACCUCCCGCCACGAAUCAGCCCGCGAUUCCAAAGGGACCUCGCGCAAACAGACCUGCUGGCGAACGCGACAAGAUUGUGGCACCCAGUCUCGCAUCGGGCGGCGUGCCUGAACCUACGGCAGAUUACCUCCACCGCGCUUCUAUCCCUCCGACCCUCCUCCCUUCACCCAAGCCGAUCCUCGUUGUUAUGGACCUCAAUGGCACCCUCCUCUACCGCCCCAACCGCCGCAAUGCGACGUCCUUCGUGGAGCGACCCCAUGCCAAGCGUUUCCUUCAGUACUGCCUCGACACCUUUCACGUGGUGAUAUGGUCAUCCGCUCGACCGGCGAAUGUACAGUCCAUGUGCGACCAGCUUCUUCUUGGCCCUCCCGGCCCCGGCGCAAGUGUGGACAGAGCCGCAUACCGCCGCCGUGUGCUGGCUGUCUGGGGCCGCGACCGGUUUGGACUGUCAAAGGCCGAUUAUAACCUCCGCGUCCAGGUUUACAAGCGUCUACAAAUGGUCUGGAACGACCCGCGCGUCAAGGCUUCGCAUCCUGAUGCUGAGUUUGGAGGUUGCUGGGACCAGAGCAACACUGUGCUGGUCGACGAUUCGUCGGAAAAGGCACGAAGCGAGCCGUUUAACCUCCUUCGUAUUCCCGAGUUCUUUGGGAACGAAACCGAACCGGGCCUGAUAGUGCCGCAGGUUCAUGAUUAUCUCAACUCGCUCUGCUACCAGUCCGACAUUAGCAGCUACAUGCGCACAAACCCGUUCUACGUAAGGGACGACUACAAACUGGCUCCGCCUGAAGAACAGUAA